GGAACAGCGGCGAUGUCGAGGCAGCAAAGACGGCGACCUUGCUAGCAGCCUCGGCGGAGGAGGUGGCAGAGUUUGCUGACUCGCCGGUGUAUGGCACGAGUCUCUUCGUGCACGCAAAAUGGAACGUGGACGCUUGCGCUGAUGGUGUGCCAGACGCGGAAGAGACUGCACUUUGCCGACUGUUGGCAUGCGAUGGUGAACGGUGUUGGGAGGGCGCGCUGCUGCGCAGCCACCUGGCGGCGCAGCUCGGCGACAGCUGGCGCGGCACCGGCGGCCUGCGGCUCCUGCUGGGCGCGCUCGCGGAGCCCCGCUCAGGUGGUUCUUCUCAGUGGAGCGGCGAUCAGCCGUCCAGCACAUUGGGCGCUUGCGCGACGCUGGCGCUGGGCGUCGGCAGUGCUGCUACAGCGAGCGCCCCUGCAGGUCUAGCCGGAGCUGCGCCGCCACCGUUUCCGUUGGCCGAGGCCUCUUGGACGUGCCCCGAGGGCAGCGCUGGGCCGCUCAAGCUGGUGGUGCGCUUCAUCUACCGCGAGGGUCCCAUCACUGCGGUGCCCGGAGUCCUCCUGCCACCGUGCGGCCUGAGUGCGGGGUUGUCGACGCUCUUCGGGCUCGCGCACGGCGCGCAGGUGGCGGCGUCCGCGUGCGCGGCCGCCGCCGAGGAGGAGUGUGCCGCGCUGCAGGGCCGCAAGGAGAGCCUGAAGCGAGACCUCGACGCCCUCGAGAGCCAGGUGGCGGCCGAGGAGGCGCGGCUGCUCGAGGAGUUCGCGGCGGUCCUGAACGCCCAGAAGCGGCGGUGUCGCCGGCUGUGGGAAGCUGGCCGUGGUGGAUUGGCGAUCGGCGGCGCAGGCGCAGCCCUGGCCAUUCCCACCGCUGCCACCAUCGGGCAGUGCAUCGACCUCCCGGACGAGCCCGCGCCGCCAGAGGCGCCGCGGCUGGCUGCCGAGGGGCCCGCGGAGCUUGCGGCUGGCGCAGCCGCGGGCCAGCCGGACACCUGCGCGUGGGGCAGCUCCCUCGCGUACUGCUCGCCGCCGGGCUCUCCGCGCGGGGGCUCGCGCCAGCCGCGAGGGCGCCAGGCGGCCUCCGCAGCAGUUAGUGGGCCAGAGCCUAACGUGUUCUCCAUACCGCUCACCCUCGGCAUGAACGACACCUCGGCAUGA